UAAGACAAUAAAGUAGCCGUGGAACUAGCUUGCGAAUGCCUCCAUCGAUAGCGCAACCGAACAAUUUUGAUACCGUCAGGAUCAUUCCAACACAGGAACGUGACUACGUACAGAAGUGUCCAAUUUUUCCUGCUACACAAGGCAGUCUGCGGUAGCAAAACAAGGAGAGCCCCAGGGAUUGAAGAGAGAUGCGUAAAACCUCAUGUCUGAGAGGUAUCCUUUAGCCGAGAAAGCCCUCUCUGAGGGUUAUGCUCGACUUAGGUUCAAGGACACCUCUCUGCUCAUUUGGCGGCAGCAGCAAAUGGAACUGGAACAGGGACCUCCGCGGAACUACCUCAGUCGGAGUCAAAGCACAUGGUAUAGUCAGUAUGGAAACCAGGCAGUCGUCGUACGGGACAAACGAACAGUCACAGGGGAAUCAUCUGUCGACACAGGACCUUCCCGAAUUUGUUCGGUUAUGUGACGGUUAUCAUGGCACAUACAUCCCUACCGCAUCUAGCUAUAUGAAUUGUUGCUGAAUGACUUGGCAAUCGGAAAGAAAAGUGGCCAUCCAUUGUGCUCGUGGUGGUCAAAGCAAAAUGGUUUGUGCGUGAUGUACAUUAGUCUAUCAGUAUUAGCUUAUUAUUAGCAGUAUGGCUUUUUUAACAUACAUACAUACAUCUUCCGCUUCAUCCGGUUUUUUAACAUUGAUAACUUAUUUUUUUCCUUUUAGGGGAGGCACUUUAUUGUCCGUGAGGUGAUAAUUGUCUUUGGUGUGUAAAAAGACACUACAGCUUACACUACAGCUAGACAACCUUGUUUAUGGAUUUUAUUCCAACUUGGCAGCAUCUGACAAACUGAUUGAGAUUGAGCAUAACAGGUCAGCUGAAUUAAAAACAUCAGCAUUCAAUGACCAGGGUUGCUAACCCCGUGUUGCACAUUCAGCUCAGUAUGCAUGUUGCCAAAAUAAAGGCAAUUGUAAAUGAGUGAUAUAUUGCAAAAUAUAAUGAAAACAGGUACUCUAACACGGGUGUGGAAUUAAAACAUAUACUUAUAUUUUGGGUCACAUAAGACAGUGUUUUUAUAUAGGGGUAAUUGCUAAGGCUAGUUUGUCCGGAGCUUUUGGAGUUUCCACCACCAUUAACAAAACGCCAUAUUCUGGAAGAAUGGUCUAAGAUUUUUCCAAAUAAGGGGCAGGGACUUGAUGAAUUUAUACACCUUUUUUUUUUGCCUAAUAUACCGCUACUUUUAUUUACUUUUGACACAAGAUCAAUAAAUAACCAACUACGGUUUUGUCAAUAUGCUGUAUCUUGUAGUAAAAGAUUCACAACAGUCGUAAACUAUUGUCAUGUAAAGUUAAUUUUUCCUUUAAGACUACAAUUAUUUCAUACCUGGCUUACCAAUCUUUACACUGUAAUUAUUUACUAAUUUAAAGAUGCGUUCUGUGAUUUUUGGCCAAGUUAUGCCGAAACGGGUUCCGAAUAUGUUUUCUGGUCAGGAGUAUAUUGGUUAAUACAGGUUUUAGAUGUAGGUUUUUAUACAGUACCCAAGACUGGUCAGCGAUAAUUUGACUGUUGAAGAAAGAGCUACGUGGUAAAUGCUGCAAUAUGGUUUUGACAGAAUUAAGCUCUGCAUAUCUGUCUGAAAUUCUGCAUUUGUGAACCACUAGGUAGCAAGCAAGUUUAUUUAUUAAGCACAAUUCAUACAUACAAUACAAUUCAUAUCAAUGUGCUUUACAAAGAAAAAGAAGAAAUAUAAAAAUACAGUAGCAUAAAACCGAAUACUCAACGAAAACAUCAAAAACAACAUCAUAAUAAUAAAACAGAAUAAAAAUGGGAUAAAAACAUUGGAAUCUAUAAAAGCUGUAAGGGGAAACAGUCGGGUUAAGUUGAAGUGAGAAAUAACCACACUGCACCUUUUUCUUUCCUUUCCAAAAAAGUCAAAAAGGAAGGUGAGGAACAGAAGGGUUAAAAUUAAGAGACCACUGCAAAUAGAACACUUCUG